CGUUGGGUACAGAUCGACAAAUCAAAUCCAACGACACGAACGGAUCUCAUUUCAGAGCAAGUUGGCCCGAAAAGUGUGUUUAAAUAUGGAGUACAAAACCCUAAACCUUACGCGGCUAUCUUCUUCUCCCCCUCUUUCAUUGAUUAACCUAGCACCGCCACCAACCCCUUUCCUCAUUCUUCAGUCCUUGGAUCGGAAACAAGAACCAGGCCAACGCUGUCUCCUCCUAUCCAACUCAGCGGCGAGGCGGAGAGAAUUAAUCCGAGAGAAACAGCGAUGCCUGUGAAGUGCGGCGACGACAAACCAGCAUACCCCUUCCGCGGCGAGUUUGGACGGCAGUCAGGUAGUAUUGAUGGAGUUCGGAUUCGGCAUCGUGGGUUCCUCCGGCAACGGAAUGAGUUCCGAAAUCCCGGUGGAAACCUCUUCGGUCGCCAUGGUUGUGCCGUCCUCACCACUACCCUUUGGGGCAAGUGUGGGGGCCGCGACCAUGACCUCGUUUUCAAUGCCGAGCUCGAUCUUCGGCAAGAUCCCCCCCAGCCCAAUGAAGCCAACGACCCCCUCGUGGCGAUGGUGAACCAAGCAUGGUACCACAACAACUAUCUUGCCAUCAACAUUAUCUUGGAGGGGUUGGGAGAUUCGUUGUAUCCCGUCUACGCCGGUGCAACGCUCGCCAAGGAGCUUUGGAAUAGCUUGAACAAAAAGUAUCAAGCUGAAGAUGCCGGCACGAAGAAGUUCAUUGUCGGGAAGAUGCUGGACUACAAGAUGGUCGAUAGCAAAUCUGUUGUCGCCCAGGCUGAGGAGCUUACGGUUAUCUUCAACAAGUGCAAUGAAGAGAAAGUAGGCGUCAGCGAGGCCUUCCAAGUGGCGGCCAUCAUCCACAAACUUCCCCGGUCGUGGGAAGAUUUCCAAGCCGACCUCAAGCUCAAAAGAACGGAGCUGAAUCUGGAGCAACUGCUCACGCGGUUGAGGAUCCGAGAGGAAGGGCUUGCAAGAAGAAAUGGAGGGGCUAAGGCGAAUGUUGUAGAACAUCCGUCGGGCUCUUCACAUGGCGGGAAGGACAAGAAGAAAAUGGGUCCUAAGGGUGGUGUUUCUAAAUUUGCAGGAAAGUGCUACAAUUGUGGCAUUACUGGGCAUCGUUCCUCCGAUUGUAGGAAAAAGAAGCCACAAAAAGGAAAGAAAAAAACCACUGAAGCCAUGUGUGCGGAGCUUGAGAACUUGGACCUCUGCGCGGUUGUCACCGAGGUGAAUCUCGUCGGGUCAAACCCGAAGGAAUGAUUUGUGGACACAGGAGCCACACGCC